AUGGCGUCCAUCUCGACGUGCAUCACUGUGACCCCCAGUUGUGGGCUCCCGCGGCUACAAUCCUUCACUCGUUCGAGUUUGGCGAAGUCCCCGAAGCAGGCAAUAGCUUUCCCUUGCGUGCAAAACCCGGUGAUUUGGGGAGUCCCGAGAAGGUCAUGGGAUUCUAGGGUUUUGGUGGCGAGGCCGGGGGGCAUAGUGGAAAGCGACAAGUUGCCGUCGGAUGUCAGAAAGCGAACGAUGGACGCGGUGGAUGGAUGCGGAGGGAGAGUAACCAUUGGGGAUGUGGCUAGCAGGGCUGGCCUCAACUUGAAUCAGGCUCAGAAGGCUCUUCAAGCUCUUGCUGCUGACGCAGAUGGCGUCUUAGAGGUUUCUGAGGAAGGUGACGUUCUCUAUGUAUUUCCCAAAGAUUAUCGAUCAAGGCUUGGUGCCAAGUCGCUUAGGAUUAAAGCUGAACCCUUUUUUGAAAAAGCCAAGGCGGCGGUAGAAUACUUGAUACGGGUUUCUUUUGGGACAGCGCUUAUUGCAUCCAUUGUUAUUGUUUACACUACAAUAAUUGCUCUUAUAACUAGCAGUAGAAGUGAUGAUGACAAUCGUGGAAGGCGUGGAGGCAGGUCAUAUGAUUCAGGAGUCACUUUCUACUUCAAUCCUGUUGAUUUGUUCUGGGAAAACAACGAAGGGCAGGGGAAUAUGGCAAAGAAAUGGGAAUAUAAACGGAAAAGGUACUGGGAUCCAUAUUAUUAUAGGAGGCGAAGGCUACAAGCUGAUGAUGACAAGAUGAACUUCAUUGAAUCGGUUUUCUCCUUUGUAUUUGGAGAUGGUGAUCCCAAUCAAGGAAUUGAAGAAGAGAGAUGGAAGUUGAUUGGGCAAUACAUAGCAUCUAAUGGUGGUGUUGUUGCAGCUGAAGAACUUGCUCCAUAUCUUGAUUUAGAUUCUACGGAGGGACUCAAGGAUGACGAAUCCUAUAUCUUACCUGUGCUUUUACGAUUUGAUGGUCAGCCUGAUGUUGACGAGAAGGGAAAUAUUCUGUAUAGGUUUCCAUCUCUACAGAGAACAGCUUCUCAAAAGAGUAAGAGGAAAGAAUAUGUUGGAAGGAGAUGGACAGAUUGGGUUGGAAUUGAGAAGUUUUUCCAGGAGAAAAAAUGGCAAUUCAGUAAAACUGGCACGUCCGAGAGAGCAAUGGUGAUUGGUUUGGGUGGCCUUAAUCUGUUUGGAGUUAUUAUUCUCGGAACCAUGUUGAAAGAUAUGGCAGUUGCACCCAGUAGCUUCAUCAAAUUUGUAGCGGACAUAUUUCCGCUGCUUCAGAUUUAUGCUGGUUCUUUCUUUGCAAUUCCUCUUGUUCGGUGGUUUUUUAUUCGUAAAAAGAAUGGUGAUAUUGAAAAGAGAAACAAAGCUAGGGAGCAGUGUGCACGAGUUCUUGAAUUACCUGACUCUUCACUAAGGCAGAAGCUUUUCAGUGCUCGGGACAUGGCCCAAAAGACAGUCAUAGGAAAGGAUCAAAUUGUGUAUAGCACUGACAAGGACUUACUUGAACAAGACUAUGAAGCUCGCGAAUGGGAUAAAAAAUUUCGGGAGCUGUGA